AUGUCUGAUACAGGAUGGCCUGUUCAGCAAGUGCAGGAGACAAACACGCUUAUUAGCCUACUACCUGUGCUUGUUCAUACCGAUGGUACUUGUGCUGAUCCUCAAUCCCAUUUUAUACAUUCUGGCAGGAAGGAAAGUAUCACCCAUGUUAAGAGGGGGGUGUAUACGGACAGGGAGAGAGAGGUGGAAAAACAAGUCAAGAAGAAAUUCCUCAAGAUCGUGAUUGUUCUAGAGAUUUGCUGGUUACCCAAUGUAAUCAAUGGCAUCAUGUUACUGAGUCGAGUACCAUUUGAUAUGAAAUUCUACCCUAUCAUAUGGAUACUCAUGGCGAUCCUGAACCCUCUGCAAGCCUUCUUGAACACCCUUGUUUACUGGGGACCAACAGGAUGCUCCUUCCUGAGUACCCGCAGACCAGAGAUAGAGGUGGACGACUCAGCAUCAGUAGAGUACCUCCGCUCUCAUCCUCCUUGGACCAAUGCAGCGGUUCCCUCAGAUGCGGAGACCACGCCCUUGAUGAGAGGAAGGGCCAGAGAUGGUCUCAACUGAGAAGUGCAGUUGCCUUGGAUACAGUGACCACACCCUCAUGAGAGGGAGGGUCCAAGAAUGCUUUCGACUGAAAUUUGCACUCGCCUUGAGAACGCCCCUUUGAGAAGAAAAAAAACGAUAUAAAUAGUGCUCAUGGAUUAAAUCUGUGGUUAUGUUGUAUAAGAUAUUAUAUUUUUGUGAGGAACAGACAACAAGCGAGAUGCCCUCAACUAAGAUUCUUUGCAGACCAUACCCCCUUCUGAAAAUGAAUUAUAUUUAUCCCAUGAAAUUAAAUUUUGUAGGUACUUUGCAUGCACGGACUACACCCUUUAUAAGAGGAAGGGCAAGUUAUCUUGAUUUCAAAAAUUGCAGUUGCCUUGGAUACAGUGAACACAUACUUUCUGAGAAGAAGUGCUGAAAAUACA